UGUGGACUCAGUGUGGUAUACAGGGCUAGUGUAGUGCUGGGUGUGGAGCGGUCAGUGUGCUGUGAUGUGGAUGUUGCUGACUUUCUAUCUUCUCUUCAUUGGGCUUCAUGUCUCUAAAGGCUGCACUCUUGUCAACAGUGGAAGAACACUGGACAUCACAGCAUAUACAGGAGGGUCAGUACUGCUGCCCUGCUACUGCACUGACAGCACUGCACCUGAACAUUUUAUUUGGAAAUACAUGACCAUGGGGAAAGUGAUCAAUAUUGAUAGUGAUCAACACAGAGUUCAGCUCUAUAAUGGUCACUCUCCAGGAAAUCUCUCUCUACUCCUAUCAAACCUGACUGAAGAGGAUGGAGGAUGGUAUAGAUGUGAUGCCAAAAUGAGCGGAUACAUUGACAUCAUGCUCACUGUUAAAGGCUGUCCUUUGUUAAACAAUGGAACCAUAAUGGAGAUCACAGUACAUACAGGAGGGUCAGUUCUGCUGCCCUGCUACUGCACUGACCCACACACCACACCUGAGACAUUCAGCUGGAAUAAACACAACCAAAUCAGAAGCAGAUGGGAAGUGAUAUCCAGUGAGAGUGGUCAGUACAGAGACAGAGUUCAGCUGUUUAAUGGUCACUCUCCAGGAAAUCUCUCUCUACUCAUAUCACACCUGACUGAAGAGGAUGGAGGAGAUUACAGGUGUGAUAUUAAAGGGAGUGGAUACACAGACAUCAGACUCACUGUUACAGUCGUUCCACAGUCUCGGCCCUUCGUCCCCUUCGCCUUGAUCACUGUGAUCCUCCUCCACAUUAUAGUAGCUGUGGUUUAUCACAAAAAGAGAAACCAAGAUCCUGUCAGAGGUCACUACAGCACAGCUGAUGGAGACGGAGUGGUCAGUCUGGAGUAG